AUGGCCAAUUUCUCCAAGAGGUGGGCCCCUAAGAUUAACCCCGCCAUUUCGGCACCAGGAAAUUUAUAUUUUCAGCUUGCACUUCGCGACGACGACUGCGAAGACGAGAUUGCAGCUGGAACACGCCGUGGACGUAGAAGAAACCCCUCUAAAAAGAAAAACCACAAGCCAGCCCAACACUUCAAGAUCCCGAGCCAAGCUAUUUCUUCUACAUCCACGUCACCCAUCUUUCCAUUUAAGUCCCCAGACCCUCUUGACUACAACCCACAGGACAAUUCUGGCGACGAGAGUGACGAAUACGACGUCGACCACACCCAAGCGCUUCUUAAUUACUUCAACAUGGCUGCGCAAGUCGAGCAGCAGGAGGCGCGUCAGCAAUACGCUUUCGUCGACGGUACAUUCGCUGAGCUAGCUCUGGACUUGGCCAACCAUCUCAACGUCGGCGACGAGGUUAAGGCUAUUAUCGAAAAGGACGAUAAAGAUCAGCAAGAUGAGGUGUUGAAGAAGCUUAUCGUCGCAUCUACUUCUCUACACUCCGUCCCCGAGAAGGAGUUUACCUCCAACUAUAACUUGCUGAUCUAUCUGGUUCUACAAUCCGAUCAUGUCGGCAUGUUCCUCCCUCGAGUUUGCGAGAACCUCAUGAAGCCCGUCACUUCUUCACCCGUUCAUGGCCAGGCACUCGCCCUUCAGGCUCUCACGACUAUCUUCAACCUGCUACAGCAGGAGAACGAGGACGAUUACGAGUUGCGCUUCCACGUCCUAAUGGCAAUCUUGCGAUUCAUUAAGCUGAACGGCAUGUACGACAACCUUAAGAAGGCUUUGCCUAACAUCAAGCAAUGGCUUAAGCAGUGGGGAACUGAGGCGGAGGACCAGCGAAAGCUGUUCCUCGAGGUUGCAGAGGUCGCUCGCGACGCAGGUGACGACGAGGUAUCCUACCAGCAUAUCCUUAGUGCCCUACGCACCUUUGACGAAGACGGUGUCAAGUCGGAGGAGGCCCAACAAUUGGCCCUCCGCGCUUUGAAGACGGCGCUUCUAUCCCCUACCCACAACGACUUCCAAGACCUCCUUGCCGUUUCUGCGAUCCAAGCGCUCUCCGACUCUCAUCCUCUCUACUUUGAACUGCUUACCAUCUUUGCCGAGAAGGAUCUAGAAGACUACAAAGACUUCAACGACGAACAUGAAGGAUUCAUCGAGAAGGAACACCUUGAUGGCGAUAAACUUCAUCGGAAAAUCCGACUUCUUACCUUCGCAAGUCUGGCAGCUAGCACCCCUAACCGCGAGAUCCCUUACGAGAACAUCGCCAAGGCCCUUCAGAUCCCCAUCGAAGAGGUCGAGAUGUGGACGAUCGAUGUGAUUCGUGCCAGUCUAGUCGAAGGAAAGCUGUCGCAGCAGAAGAAGGUCUUCCUGGUCCACCAGACCUUCUACCGAGUGUUUGGCGAGAAGCAAUGGCGUGAAGUUGGCGACCGCCUCGACGGAUGGCGAACUCUUCUCGGUAACGUCAUCGCUAACCUACGCCGAGAGCAAACCAGCGCCGAGGCUCAAAAGAAGCGCGAGACAGAGGAACUAGAGCGACGACUAGCGAAUGCAGGCAUCAGUGGCGGUAACCAGUCGGGCGCUGGCGGCGGUGGACGCCGAGGUGGUGGAGACCGUGGAGAUCGUGGAGAUCGUGGCGACCGUAACGAGCGAGCGCCUCGCAGAGAGCGAACUGACGAUGAUGAUUAG